AGUGGGGGUCGUUGUUUGGGGGGCACGGGCAGCGGGUUUGUCUCGAGCCUGGAGCGGGUGGGAGCGGAGGUUAGCAUGCUAGCUAGCUGCAGUUAGCGGACUGCUGCUGCUUCGUCAUUCGCCAGGCUGGGAAGGAUGCGGCGCUGGGAUGCUGCCGCUGCUGCAGCAGCAGGGAGGGGAGGGCCAGUAAUGGUAACUGUACCGGCCGUCUGGCUUCGGCCCAUCGUCCUUAUGAACUACCACCCCCAACCUCCCGUUUUUCCCCUCCCACCUCUCUUCGUUGCCCCCCCCCCCCCGCCUUCAUAAACCAUAGACUCUCAUUUCAGUCCAGGAUGAACAAACAAAAAUCGCAGAUGAUAGAUACCGGAGUGGUUUCACCAGAGAAAUAACACCACUUCCAACAGCUCGACUUCCGGACUGUCAAUUAGCCAGCUAUGCUAGCUAGGCAUUGAACUGGCUGACCGGCUAACAUUAGCACUAGCAUCACCCCCCUCACCCUCCCCAGCUAGCAUCCCUGGCUAACCUGCAUCCUCCAGCCGAGCCAUCACAGGCCAGCUGGGCUUACACAACCACCUUCCCAUCCUGCCGUCUCACACCAGCUAUUUCAUCGCCACUAACAGUUAGUAAUCGGCAUAAGAGCCGUUGCCAGACAUUUAUUCACGGCUCGCCCAUUAAAAUAUAAUGGAGCACGCCAAGCGGAUGUUGUUAUGUAACAGAUAAUGACACCACACGCCCUUGAAACAAAAGCUGUUGUUUCCGUAUUUGUUUGUUUGUGUGUGUGAUGCAGGGCACAAUCAUGAACAAUAAAUCACAGACAGAGGAGGGACGGGGGGAGGAGGGAGUGUUUGUCGCACCGAGGGCCGCAGCUCUGAGCCGGCUUCUGAAAUAUACAACCCCUGCUCCUGUCAGCCAUUGUUUUUGUUGUCAUUGGAGAUCUCAGCAUUUGUUUUCCAGCGCUGGAUCUUCCCAAUGGUGCUUGUGUGAGCCAUGCAUUGAAGCAACAUGACCAGUCGGUUCAUCAGAACACAACCAGUACUGCUGACUCACUACUGGACCGCCUGAAAACUGAAGAACUCUGAGAGAACAAGAGAGUGAAGGGAACACUGUAAAAGAGGGAGUGAGAAGAAAGGAAGGAAGGAGGGAGGGAAAGAGGGAGCAAAAAAAGUAAAGACGGUGAGGAACACUAGACGGGAAGAGAGGCAGCAGGAGAAAGUCAGGUUGGGUCAGAAGGGCAAGAGGAGGAAAGAGUAAGUGAUAGUGGACAAGAGAAGUAUAAAUAUUAAUCUAUUAGGCAGUGAGUGGAAGAAUUUAAAGUCUGAUGAGAAUAAGUCAAGGGGUCAGACGGACAGCUGACUGAGCUUCAGACAAACCCACUGUCCUGCUAACCCUCCAACAACUGUCCCUUCACGGUCACCAUACUGGGAGAGCUGGGAGAACUGGUCACGAGGAGAAGCCACCAUGAGCGACCAGAACGUUGUCAAGGAAGGCUGGGUCCAGAAAAGAGGAGAGUACAUCAAGAAUUGGCGACCACGCUACUUUCUGCUGAAGACAGACGGCUCUUUCAUCGGCUACAAGGACAAACCACAAGACUCUGACCUGGCCUACCCACUCAACAACUUCUCUGUAGCAAAAUGCCAGCUGAUGAAGACGGAGCGGCCAAAGCCAAACACCUUUAUCAUCCGCUGUCUGCAGUGGACGACAGUCAUCGAAAGAACUUUUCAUGUUGACACUCCUGAUGAGAGGGAUGAGUGGGCUGAGGCCAUCCAGAUGGUAGCAGAGUCACUAGCCAAGCAGGAGGAGGAGGGCAUCUUGUGCAGCCCCACCUCCCAGAUUGAAAACGUCAACGAGGAGGAGAUGGACACCUCCAUUAGCCACUACAAACGAAAGACAAUGAAUGACUUUGACUAUUUGAAGCUUCUGGGCAAAGGCACUUUUGGUAAAGUCAUUCUGGUGAGGGAGAAGGCGAGCGGCACCUACUACGCCAUGAAAAUCCUCAAAAAAGAAGUCAUCAUUGCCAAGGAUGAAGUUGCUCACACUCUCACAGAAAGUAGGGUUUUAAAAAAUACUCGGCAUCCAUUCCUAACUUCUCUGAAGUAUUCAUUCCAGACAAAGGAUCGGCUGUGCUUUGUAAUGGAGUAUGUCAAUGGAGGAGAGCUAUUUUUCCACUUGUCAAGAGAGAGAGUUUUUUCAGAGGACCGCACCCGUUUCUAUGGCGCUGAGAUCGUGUCUGCUUUAGAUUAUUUGCAUUCUGCCAAGAUCGUGUACCGUGAUCUGAAGCUGGAGAACCUCAUGUUGGACAAAGAUGGCCACAUCAAGAUCACUGACUUUGGUCUCUGCAAAGAAGGCAUCACUGACACUGCCACUAUGAAAACCUUCUGUGGAACACCGGAGUACUUGGCUCCUGAGGUGCUAGAGGACAAUGAUUAUGGACGUGCAGUGGACUGGUGGGGUUUGGGCGUGGUGACAUAUGAGAUGAUGUGCGGACGCUUGCCCUUCUACAACCAGGACCACGAGAAGCUGUUUGAGCUCAUCCUCAUGGAAGAGAUAAAAUUCCCACGAACCCUGUCAGCUGAUGCCAAGUCACUCCUGUCAGGGCUGCUCAUUAAGGACCCCAACAAACGGUUGGGCGGUGGACCGGAUGACGCUAAGGAGAUCAUGCGGCACAGUUUCUUUGGCACAAUCGACUGGCAGGACGUCUAUGACAAGAAGUUGGUACCACCCUUCCAGCCUCAGGUCACCUCUGAGACAGACACGCGCUACUUCGAUGAAGAGUUCACAGCACAGACCAUCACCAUCACUCCACCUGAAAAAUACGAUGAGGACGGGAUGGAUGCAGCCGACAACGAGCGAAGGCCUCAUUUCCCACAGUUCUCCUACUCGGCCAGCGGUCGAGAGUGAGCUCCAGCCCAGCCAGGCAGUAUCGUCCCCAUUUGUGGCCAUUUUGAGGAAAACGCGUAGCCAUUUUAGGGAAAAAAAACACCAGUCUCCCCUCUUUUUCUUCUUCUCUGCCUCUUUGCAGAGGGGGAGAAGUCUUUUUAGGGACUUUAAAAGAGGUUUUUGCACAGUGGGAUAGACUCCAGCCGGUCUCCCCACACUAAAAAAUAAGUCUCCUACAUUUUCAGCGCUAUUUACUGCAGAAGGCAAUGUUUUUGUUAUUUAUUUUUUUUCUUUCUGUCAGUAUUAAGUUGUCGACCCAGGUUGCGUUAAUAUUUUUGUUUGUUUGUUGUUUCUGCCCAUUUUUUGUUCUUCUUUUAACUUUUUUGCACUUGGUUUGGAAGAGCCGUUUUAGGGAACAAAAAACCAAAAAUGUUGCCUUAUGUGUGCAGAUGUUUUGCAUCAUACCUACAGGGUGGUGUUUUUGUUUUUUGGGGGGAUUGGGAUUUUUCGUCAGAGGAGAGGCUGGGCGGGUUCUGGGAUGUGAAAGGUCACAAAUAGUUGAGAAGAAGUGCAUGGCUCAUGGUUCACUCAUUUUUAAAAAAAAAAAAAAAAUUAAAAAAAAUAUCUUACUCGUACAUUUGCCAUGGCAGCACACAUUUCCCAAAUCCAUGGUGAUGAAAAUCACAGUGAGCCUACAGAUUACAAAAAACAAACAAAAAAGAAAAGUUGGAAGAUGAGAAUGGGUGAAUCUAUAUCAUUCCUUUCAUUUGUCGCAGUAACUUCCCUCUUAUUUUAUUUUAUUUUUGCGCUUUUUUGAAGUUACUUUGAAACAAGAAACACUAAACUGCCAGAAACUGCACACUUCACUCAGGCGCCACAGAGCACAACCGCAUUCAAACUCAGCUUAACCGCUCCAGCUUUCCACAGCCGGCAGGGGAACGAGGCCUUUCUCUGCAGCAUCACCGCUUCUUCUCCUCCUCAUCAUCCACCUCUCCUCUUUUUUUUUUCUUUCUUUUUUUUCUUCUUCAUUGUAUCUGUAGGACUAGAAUGGAAUGGAUGUUUACACAGGGAAACAUGGCUUCAUGUAUGUAUGUACAGUUUGCGAUUUGAAUGGGGGUCAAGAAUAUGCUGUCAUAGCACACAGAAACACACACACACACACACACACACACACACUUACUCUCAGAUGUAGGAAACCGCAGUGUUAUCUAUAAUGAUAGUGAAGUCGGCAGUUUACUCCAAACUGAGAUUUGAUGGUCUUUUCUUCUGUUUUUGCAAAACAUGGGGACACGAGAAUGCUCUGCAACUUGCAGAAGCCCAAAGCCUCAGGUCACGUCUACAUGCCAAGCAAUUUGCUUGUUGCGUGUUGCUUUUAGUUAGUUCCAAAACAGGUGUUCCUGCUUCUGGUUGCUUAUUUAACCCUCUAUUGCUACAGUCACACUAGUGAAAACAGUGGUUUAAGUCCAAAGCAUGAACAGAAUCACUGCAAAUGUGUCACCUGCCAUCUUCAAAGCACUUUUGGUGCAUCGAGACUUUGACAAUAAGAUUGGAGUCAAGCAGUCAGGCUGCUGUAUCCGCUCAGUUUGCACUUGAAUGGGGUCAGAUUUGUACUUGAUGCAAUGUUUUUGUAAAAAUUAACUGUGUUAAAGAAAUAGAUUUGAAUAAGAAAUUCAGUUGCCUUGGGAUGGCAAUUUUACUUUAAAAAUGACAUCAGCAACUUUGUGCUUGUACAAGAACACAACCAGUUGCCAACCAGCUGAGACAAGUGUCUUGUUGCACAGAGACAGUGAAGAGUGGCUCUCUUUGGCACAGACUGACUCAGAAAGCAACAUGUUGUCAGUCUAUUUCUAAUUAUCCAGCAGUUAUGUGCAAGCCUUUGAAAUCUGAGUGAUUUCAGUCACUUUGAGUCAGACCACAGUUGUCUGACAGAUUGCCUCCCACCAGGCGACCUUUGGAACUGCCUUGCGAUCUAAAGAGGUCACUGCAGUUACUUGCAGUUAGUUACCAAAUACAAAAGUAUACACUGGGCAACCACUUUUUAUUUUUUGUUAUUUUCCUUUUUGAGUCACAAGAAAGUUGUUGACUGUUCAGACUGAGUUUCAUGUAGUUCCAUCCCCAUCAUGUGUUAGUUGUUUUGGUCACUGAACUGAUUCCUGCUAGCCUCUGCCUUUGUGGAGGCCUCUCCAAUAGCCUCCAAAUAGUGAGUCCUUAACACAAGCAACCUAGCUGUUAUAUCCAGAAACCAAAAUUGACAAUCUUCUGGUAUCGCCUGUUCCAAUGUGUGUUCUGACAUGUAGCUGAAAAAGUGUUUUGUUCAUUGAAAACAGUAAGAUGUGUGGAUAUUUUAUAGUUUCUUAGCUCAGCUGCUGUUGAAAGUGAUCAGAAAGCUGCCAAACUCAUUCAGACAGUAAAUUCGACAAAAAAUUAUAUGGAUAAGAAGAUAGUAGUGCAUCCUUCUCUGAUGUACUGUGCAGCUACAACUAAAGGCAGUAGUUGGGCAACUACAGCUUAAAGUGAUGAAUUUAUUACAGUAUUGCAUAGUCCAAGUAUGGGCUUCUAAGCAUAGCCUGGUACCCUACAAGUGGAUGUUGCGAUGGUUACGAGUAGCAGCAGUACUGACUUGUCAGAGUCAGUGUGGGGACUUUUGCAGCUUAAACCCACCAGCAGACUGUGAGUGUGUGUUUGGAGUGUAGUGAAAGUGAGGGGGCAUGUAGGUGUUACUGACACUACAGCUGGAGUUUGCUCAUCUGGACUAGUUCGCAGGCUUGGCUCCCACACUGGCAGUAUUAGCAUAUGUUUAGUGAGUUCUGCCCACAAGUGGCCUGACUGAUGCAUCACACUUCCUACGAGAAGUGGAACUGAUUGUGGGGAAUUGGGGAAAGAGAUCCAAACAUCCCAAAUACUGUCAGCUAAACUGUCCAUGUGAAGCAGCCUUUUCACCUGUGAGCACACAUCAGAUCUGAUUUGCUGGAGAAUACUGCCGACUUGAAAGUAUUUUGUACAUUUACAGAUGUUUGGAAAGAUUAAGAAGAAGAACUGAGGAUUGGUACGUCUUUGUGUGUUAAAGUAACGACGCAGAUAGAGAAGUACGACCGAGACAUAUCGAGUAGUGAGUAAAAAGUGAAGGGAAAGGGUUUUGCAGCUGUGCAGGAACCUAAAAAGAAGAUUGCUGUAAAGAUUUGAGAAAAAAAAAGAGAAACAUUGUUUUCAGUUUAAGAGGAGAAAUAUUGACUCGCAAACACAGAUACAAAGACUGUUUUUACAUGACAAAUCUUAGUGAAGAAAAUGUAAUUUAUCACACAGAUGCUAAACAGAAGUGAGGCUUUCAGCUCCAGACGCAGGGGUCCUGACCCAAUUAAUCUUGUCAGUAUUAUGAGAGAAAUGUAUUUACACACAGACAAAUAUUUAAAUUGAAGUAAGAGUAUCAAUAAUUUACUGAUCAUGUCAGAUCACAAGAAAACUGAGCCGUGAGACACUCGUGUAUGAAGACUGUGAGGACUGCGAGAAAAAAGUGGCCCCAAACUUCUUGAUGUAAAUAUGCAAUGCCUUUUUUGUUUUUUUGUCUUCACUUAUGAGGCAUAAACAUUUGUUUUCUGUGUGACUGUAUGUUAAGCUUGCUGAUGAGAAUAGUGACCGAAAAAUUCAAACCACCCGCAAACGAUUCAAAAACUGCUUUGAAGAAAAAGAACAUUUAAAAGGAAAAAAAAUAAACACGUGUCAAUGAAUGGACCCUUCCACUGUUUUUUGUUUUGGGUUUUUUUUUUUUUUUUGUCUUUUUUUUUUUCAGUUUUGCGUUUGUUUGGUUUUUUUGUGAUUCAUGAGGAUGUUUCCAUGGAGACGAUCCCCAACCCGCCUUUCUUAUGUCACCAUGGUCCCUGAAAAUGAUCGACUCCAGAAAUGUGAGGACAUCUGUAACAUGGAGUCUGCACUGUAAUUCUGUUCCCUUCACCUUCUUAAAAAACUAUAAGAGGAACCUUGGAGGACUGUCAUUUUUUUGUUUGUUUUUCCUGUGCGUGUGCGCGUGUGUGCGGUGCUGGUUUCAUCAGGUUUCUUCAGUCCCAAUUCAUUCUCCUUCCCUCCUUUUUAUACCAUAGUGUUUGUUUUAUUAAUGUUUGUCUUUCUAGACAGUGUUACCUUGUAUGUUGUUAAAAAGGCACCUCUUGAAAGUCGCUGAAGAAUGAUGGAUGCAUAACUGAUUUUGUUUGUUUGUUUGGUUGGUUGUUUUUUCGAUCAUUUGCUUGUUUGUUUUCUUACCAAAACAUUAGGGCAAGAACCCAGUAGUGGACUUGCAUUGCCGUGGUAGUAUUUAUUUUGAAUUAAAUUAAAAGAAAUACAUUUCAGGGUU